AUUCAAUCUAAUGUUGGUUUAUUAAUGAUAGUCGGUCUCCGCUCCUCACGCCCAUAAAGCCCCACCUGAGUAGAAGCUCUCGUGUGCAAAGUCUUCGUCGUAGUCCGGCGCGCGUGUGAUUUUCCGAGAUUUUGAAAGUGCUUAGUGGGAAAGUAUCAACAGUCUAGAAUGCCAAAGGAUAGAACAGUACGUUCCAUUGUCGACCAUCGGUCUUCAGCGGCUCCUUAUCCCUGCUCCCCCCAGCAUGUUAAGUUGUGCGAGUCCAACAACACAGUUGAUUCAGCUGAAAACAUCAGGGAAUGGGAGGAAGCUAGGUGCCCCAUUUGUAUGGAGCAUCCUCACAACGCGGUCCUCUUGAUAUGUUCAUCUCAAGAAAACGGAUGCCGGCCAUACAUGUGCAACACUAGCCACCGCCAUUCAAAUUGUCUCGAUCAGUUCUAUGGAUCACCAGUUCCGUCUCCCUCAACAGCAUUACCUCAACAAGUCCCUCCAUCAGCCACAAUAGAGGGACAGAUGAUAUCUAGUAGUGGCGGUCUUUGUGGGAGUGGUGUGGACUCGAAGCUCGUCUGCCCUUUUUGUAGAGGGAAGAUAUUGGGUUGGGUUGUCAUUGACGCUGCUCGCCAGUACAUGAAUUCCAAGCCGAGGAGUUGUUCCUUGGAGACGUGUUCGUUUACUGGGACUUACUCAGAAUUAAGGAAGCACGCUAGAUCUGAGCACCCGUAUAUCAGGCCUUCGGAAGUGGAUCCGUCACGGCGGCAUGAUUGGACGAGGUUGGAACAGGAAACAGAGCUCGAAGAUUUCCGGAGCACCCUAGAGUCAGCUUUUCUUGAAGAUGAAACGGAUGCUGGCCAUUUGUUUAUGGCAGAAAAUCGGAGUCUGGAUCAAAUGGCCCCGUUUGAGGUCGAUUGGUCGGCCAAUUUAUCCUGGGCCUUGUCUGUGGCAGAGAUGGUGAAUGAGUUCCUCUUGCAGAGCCUUGACCAAGGCCACAGACAGAUGCGAGGCCGGAUUCCAGCGCGGAGGACACCGCGGGGAAGAUAUGGAUAUGAGUCCAACGGUAGUGUCCGAAGGGCCAACGACUUCUCUGCCGGUAGGCGUCAUGCCCAGAGGCUUAGGUGGCGUGAUCACAGAUGGUCGGCAUCUAGCAAUAGGCGGUGAUUACUAGAACAUGGUCCUUGUGGACGCGGAAUAUGGUGAUCGGAACAUGACAGCCCCUUUAAUUAGAUGCGUAAUUGCUGUACAUUGUCGUCUUGGAAGAACAUAGAAUCAAUACAUUGUCGUGCAUGUUUUUAUUC